CAAACAAAAUUUUAUUAAAUAUCAUAAAAUAGUGCAGAUUAUAUUUAAAAAAAAACUAAUGGAAAAGAAGUUAAAAUUCAUGUUAACGACACUGCUUUGUUGUAAUGGUCAUCUAACUCUUUAUAUUUAAAUUCAUUCGAAGUGGUAACAUCAGGGAGGGUAACCGCAUGACGGCGCCACGAGAGCGUCGCGACGCGAGCUACGGUCGUCAGGCGGCGCCGGUCGUUCGUCACGAAACGAGGCGGGGUUGCAGGAGAAGUUCUCGUAUGAAAGAAGGAAAGAGUCAGAGACAGAGGCAAAUCGCGUGACGUGAACUCGAGUAAAAGAGAAAGAAUCGAGAAGAAUCGGGUGAACAGAACGGUGUAAGGUGUAAGGCAUACAUUGCGAAACUAGCGCCUCCGUUUGUACGCUUUAUUCGUUAUUUUCGUACCUUUCGGCUUAUGAAAAAGAGAAAACUACGGGUCCCCGGAAUUAAAUGCCAACUUGUGUCAACGUAUAUCUCCUCGAUUCUUUCGUCAAUUACUCCUAUCUUUCUUUUCUCUUUACGCACGCACUCUCUCGUUCUUUGCUACCUUCAAUUUUACGUCCUUAUACUAGUGUUUGUCAUUCACGAAAAUACACAAACUCCCAAACCUGUUACUACCAGUUCUCUGUGGUGAUAUCACGGUAUAGCAACAACAAAGUGACGACGAAAAAGAAGAAAAAUCUCGUGUAUGAAAUUUAUACAUGACUGCAUAUGAACAUCAUGCGUGCUUUCUUUACAUAUGUACGUGUUAUAUCGUUACGAGGUACGAUAGUGUCUCGUCGUAGGUCUCUUGUGACCCUAUCAGUGACUAAUUGAGCGUGCAAAUUCAGUAACUUUAUGGCUGGACAAUGAGUCGACUAAGAUAACAACCGCAUACAGAAACAUCAAGGAAUUCUCUAAAUUCUGCGAGGAUUCUCUAUCGCUGUCUCUGUUCUUAUCGGCUCUCUUAUGGUACAAAUUUCGUCGAAUGAGGCUUCAGAUCCAAAGAAUCCAGAACGAAAUUAGGAGAAACGUAGAGCAACAACAAAGCUGUAAAUCCAACAUAUAAAUGGUAUAAUGACCGCAGUAGAGAAAAUUGUACAAGAAUCAGAUGGAUCAAACAAUAGAUGAUGAGAAACUACAUCAAAUGAUGCGUAACACGUUAUGGCAGUUUCUGCAUACAAAAUUCAAAAGAUCGUCCAUAUUUUGUAAGAAUCCACUCGAUAGAGUAUAAAUCCUUUAUACGAAUAUAUAGAAACGCAUCGCUGCCUUUUGAGUAACCGAUUCAAAGAGACAUCGCAAUGUCGAAAAACGCGCAACCGUUACGAAGCAAAACCGAUUCAUAAAAAGAAAAAAAGACACGUUAGGAUUUGCAUUAUUCAAGGAAUAUUCAAGAUAAUUACGAUAUUAAGUAUGGAUGAGAUAAAGGUAGCAAACUUGGGCCAAGCGGCAUCAGCCGCGUGCUCGAUGGCUACGAAUUUCUUGGCGCCAGUGAAAACCGAACGGCAGAUCUACGAGAAUUCGAUGCUCGAGGACGAUCCCAAUGCCAAUUCGGUGGUCUCAACUUCACAAGAGGACAGAACUGUACCAAGAUGGGGUCCUAAUCACAAGGGUGCUCAAGAAUUAGCAAAUCUUUAUAGUACUGGGAAAAGAACGCAAGAGUGCAUUUGUGUAGGCAUCUGCAUUACUCUCAUCGUAGUUAAUUCGAUAUUUAUCCUUGUCAGAUUACGAUUAGAAAAUUUGAGCUCGAUAGCGAUAGCAGCAUUUUGUGGCAUCGUUACGGCAGAUUUUGGAUCUGGAUUAGUACAUUGGGCUGCUGACACAUGGGGCUCUGUGGAGCUUCCAGUUCUUGGAAAGAAUUUUUUAAGACCAUUUCGAGAGCACCACAUUGAUCCAACUAGCAUAACAAGGCAUGAUUUUAUAGAAACUAAUGGUGACAAUUUCAUGGUCACAAUUCCAUUCCUUUACAAAUUAACAUGGGAUUUCUUAACUCUCCCAGAAUCAGAGAUACAACAAAAGUUUGUUUGGACCUGUUAUUGGUUUCUACUUGCAAUUUUUGUGGCAAUGACUAAUCAGAUACAUAAAUGGUCACAUACAUAUUUUGGAUUACCUUCUUGGGUUGUUUGGUUACAAGAACAUAGAAUUAUAUUGCCUAGAAAACAUCAUCGUGUGCAUCAUGUUGCGCCACAUGAAACUUAUUUCUGUAUUACUACUGGAUGGUUAAAUUGGCCAUUAGAACAACUUCGGUUUUGGUAUAUUCUAGAAACUGUAAUCGAAAAAGCUACUGGCUGUAAACCUAGGGCGGAUGAUUUGAAAUGGGCACAAAAACGAUCUUGAGAAUUAAUGUAUUUUAUUGUUUUAUGCAUUUUCACGGAUAAAAAAAAAAUUUAACAAAAGGUGAAAUUUUCCAUGAACUUUGACUUCAUGAAAAAAUAUAGAGAAAAAUUUUGAAUAGAACAUGCUGAAGGGAAACUUAAAUCUAUACUGUAUUUUUUUUUCUUAUAUUUAGCACUACGAGGCCUUUCCUACAAAAUAGAUAGCGUGAUUAAAGACACUUAGUAUUACUUAAAUAUGCUUUUGAAGUUUACACAUUUAUAAUAUAUAUAAACGCAAUAAUAUAAAUAUAUAUGUAUAUACAUUACGUAAGAGAAAUGUGGGUAUGAAAUCAUGUUUGUGUAAGUAUAAAUUAUGAAUUAACAAUUGGCCUGAUGAAUUAAGCAAUUCAUACUUUUAUGCACCGCACAAUCAUUGCAUAAAUAGCACAAAUUUGAAGCAAAGAGUAUUAAUUUAACAUUUUAUAUAAUAAUUUAUAAAGUAUUAAGACUAUAAUCACAAAAUACUGCAGUACAUUGUGAAUGAGAAGUGUCGUGUACUAUAUUUAAAUUUUAAACACAAUGUCCAGUGGCUAUGAAAUGAAACUGAGUGUUAAAAAUAAAAUGCAUUGAUAUACACAUAUAUGUAAGUAUACGUGUGUAUAUAUAUGCAUACUAUAUGUAUUUGUAUACAUGUAUACAUAUUUAUGAAUUAAUUUAAAAUUGUCGCUUACAUUUGUUCGCGCAUAAAUCUAAACAGUGUAAUUUUAAAGGAAAGAUAUAAUUUAAAUUAAUUAAUAUGCUAAUUUAUAAUAGCCUAAACUGCUGUUUAAGUACAAUCAAUUUCCCUGAACCCCAGAAAAUUUUUGAACUACUAAAAUUUAAUAAAAGGUAUUGAUUUAUAAAAACUUAUUGCUAAAAAUGAAUAUUGUCAA